AAAAAGACAUCAAACUGCACAUUUUAUAUCCCGAAUAUUUUGUGCAUAGAUUGAAGUGUUAGAAUGAUAAUUGACGUUGGUAAGUCUCAGCAUGCUAUUUCAGGAAAAAAAAGUAAAAUAAAUGGAGACACUUGGAAUAUGUUCAAAGUUUCAACCGAGGUGGUAAAAUACAAAAGCAGCUCAGAAUGUGACUGGAACUGCAUAAAUAUGAUGUUGCUAUUUUGAAGUGGGGGUGGAGGGUGUUCUGUAGUUUCUACUUGAGCUGCGGAUGCUGUUUAUGCAAUAAUAUUGAGAGAUGGAAAUAUGUAAUCUGCUGUCUGCUUCUGCCAAGAAAGAAGCAGACAUUUCCAGCGCUGAAUUGUCGAUCUGCUGCUUGUGCUGGAACUCGAAAUUCGUGCAGCAUUAAAUAGUAACGCGAGAGUUGAAACUUACCUCCUCACUGUACAACUGUCAAAGGACAAGUGGAAUCGCGCAUGACCCAGGAAUAGAGUCUACUGUAAGGCCCUGGAAGAUAAUAAUCUAAACAGAAAAUUAAGGUAAGACGCCCGAUUCUGGUUCCGCCUCCCUUCAAUUUGGAGGCCGCCUCGUAUUUUCCAUCAUUUUCUUUGCUUUUACUCUGACGAUUGUCAAUCGACAGGGGCAACUUUAGGCAGUGCAAACUGUGUUUCUGCCUUUUUUUUUCCGCUGCAAGCUUUAGUUCGCCUGCUUCUUUAAAAUGUCGCCAUUUUGCCUUAGCGUUGGUGCAAGCUGGAUUUUGCCACAGUGCUGUUUGAAACAAUGUAUCCACGGGUGAAAUGGCAACAUCGGGCAUUGUCGGCGAGUUGAAGGAGGAAGUUCGCGCUUUGUAUGCUAAUGAAGCAAGAAAUGGCGGAUUCCAGUAUUGUGGGAAAAGUUCGUGGAACUAAAGGCCGCAAUGAAAGGGGACUUGGUAACCAUAGUAAAGGAACGGCAACCAGAAUUAAAACAUCUGCUCACACCGUCACGUAUGGACAUGCUGACAAAGUAGAAAGCAGACGGAAGGGAAGACACAAACCAGAGGAUAAAGAUCUUAAGGAAAUUCCAGUCAUUGGUUCAAGGAAGUAUAGUCACCAUUGUCUUCAAUGUGAAGCUUCAUUUGUAUCUAAAUCCCAACUGGAAAAGCAUAAUCAAUGGAAACAUGAAGAAAGAACACAGGCAACAGAAAUGGAUAGGAAAGUUGCAAAAACAGUUGGUCGAGGUAGAGGUAGAAAAAGGGUUACUGAAAAUGCAGAAACUUCACCAAAAAAGUGUAAGCAACAGAAGAGAGAAUUAAGUAGGCACUCUGAAAACGGCGAAUGUGCAACACAGAACAGAGACAACAAUUUAACAAACACUACAAAGACUCAAGAAACUCUGACAUCCAAUGAACCGAGCAAAAGCAAGAAACAGAUAUCAUUUCCUGAAGAAGACCCUGAGCGAACAAAACACCGAAGGAAACAAAAAACACCUAAGAAGUUUACAGGGGAGCAGCCAUCCAUAUCUGGAACUUUUGGAUUGAAAGGCCUGUCAAAACAAGAUGACAAGGGAAGGGGAAGAGGCAAGAAGAAAAAUAAAAGCUCAUGCACUGAAGAACUUCAAAGGAAACCUUUGGGAGUUCACAUAAAAAAAGAACCUGUCACAUAUUUACCAGGAAGUCAGGAAGAAAAGUGGCAUCAGGAAAUUACAGAGAAAGGAGAGGUUAUCUGUCCUAACUGCAUGACUGUGCACCGAAAGACUGUCGCAGGUUUGAAGAAGCACCUGGAAAUAUGCAAAGAGCUACAGGAUGCAUUGAAAUGCCAACAUUGCAGCAAGCAGUUUAAAUCUAAAGCUGGUUUGAAGUAUCACAUGAUGGCAGAACACAACAAUAAACCUGUGAUGAAUGCAGAGAAAUUACUGGAUGAACAGCAGGAACGUGAAAGACUCCGAAGUGUUCUUAAACAAAUGGGAAAACUGAAGUGCCCAAAUGAGGGUUGCACAACUACGUUUACCAGCCUAAUGGGCUACCAGUACCAUCUAAAAAGAUGUGGGAAGGAGCCUGAAGAUAUCGAAAAAGCUGUUUUCAUUUGUGAACAUUGCGAAAAAGAAUAUAAAUCAAAGGCUGGUCAUGACCAUCAUGUAAAAUCGGAACAUACAGUGAUAACUGAAGAUUCUGAUCAGAAAUCGGUUGAUGAAGAGUUAGAGAAUUCAUUUGAGAAAACACCAAGUGGCCGUAUUCGCCGAAGAUCUGCACAAGUGGCUGUUUUCCAUCUCCAGGAAAUUGCCGAAGAUGAACUAUCAAAACUUUGGACUAGAAGAAGAAAUAAAGAUGACUUAGUCCCAGAUAUCAAGAGACUUAAGUAUACUCGUCCUGGAUUCCCAACAUUCAACCCCACUCAACUGGAAAGUUGGAAAAAUGAGGUCAAAGAAAAUGGUCAGAUCUGCUGCCCAAAUAAUCAUUGUGAAGCAAUUUACUCAAGUUUUUCUGGACUAAAAGCUCAUCUAGCAACGUGUACUAAGGGUGAGCAUCUAGUUGGAAAAUACAGAUGCUUGAUUUGUCAGAAGGAGUUUAGCUCAGAAAGUGGAGUUAAGUACCACAUCAACAACUCUCAUUCUGAGAACUGGUUUACAGCCUCAGCAGAAACACCACAAAGAAGCAGAAGAGAACUGAAGGUUACAAAUUCAGAGCAGAAGCAAAAUACGAGCGGGAAGAAGAGAGGAAGAAAGCCCAAGGAAAAAGCUUCAGAGCUUUCAAGAAAGGACAAAGAGAUGGCAGGAACAAAGAUUACAGAUCAAAUAACCACCCAGUGUUCUCCAGGUUUGAAGAGCAAUAGCAAAGUGAAAAGGAAGAAUAUAUUAUCAAGCAGCAAAAAAGGAAACAUGAACAAGAUGCAAGGAGUUGCAAAAUGAAUGUCAAUAUAAAGAUACAGCUUCUCUGCUCUGGGGAAACAUUCAUCGGCCUCCAAGUACCAUAAAUGAAGAAUGAUAAAUUAAUAUAAGAUAGCACUACCUACCAGUAGCUCUUAAGUUUGAUAUAUUACGUACCUGCAUUUGGGUCCAGAGAAAGAUUCAGUGUCUGUGCAGAUAAAAGCCACUCCUUGCAUCUGAGUUAAAAAUGAAUGCAAACAGGAUACGAUCGUUUAGCACAAAAGAUUAUAUGGCUAUUUAAUACUGCUUUGUUACUAUAUACUGCUCUAUGACUUAAUAGUUUAUGAUUUUUUAUAAAGUAGACUCUAUUAUGGGGUAAAAGGUGUUAAAUAAAAAGAUUUGUUACACUUUUUAACUACAUUAAAAAUGUUGGUUUAUAGGUAGUAUUGGAUUGCACAUUGAUCAAAUCGGUUAUUUAUUUAUAUUGGUCAAAUUCUUUUAUUAUUUAAAAACAAAUUUAAUAAUUAAACUGCAAUCCAGGUCUAUUAGUUUAUAUUUAUAAUUAUUUAUCAAUAUAAACUAAUGUUUUUAUAUAUAACUAUAGAACCUAAGCUGUGUAUAUAUUUCCAAAAUAACUAUUAUAAAUGAUAUAGUAUACAUAUAUAUAAUAAAAUGUGGGGCUGAAGGUGGUAGGGGUAAUUUUAUACGCAGGUGCAUGAUUUUCAUACCAAUAAUUGUGGGUAGCUUCCUUGAUGGCAACAUGAACUAGUAAAAUUACUCCUUGAAUAUGGUGAACAGGGGCUCUCCUUAUUUCUUCAAUGCAUUGAAAUAAUUGCAGAAUGACUUGGUUCACAGAUUUAAUAUUUUCUCAUAAUUCACUGCCCAUUUUCAGGGUCUGGUAAUUCAGGAAUGAUACGUGAGUACUUCCAAGAGUCCAGCAUUUAGUGGCUCCUCAGUAUUUGGACAGGCACAUUUGUAUGUUGGGUUAAUAUUGAAAAUACAUCAUGUGAUAUUUUCUAUCAUUAACCUUGGUGCAUUAUAAAACAGGCGAGUUAGCAAUUCAAUGCCAGAGAUUUAAAAAAAACAAGGAGGGGGAAUCUUCUUUACAGCUAUUCAAUGACACACACGCUAUCUGCAGUAAUUUUCCUCCCGCCACCUUCAUCCCAGUGCAUGUAGUCAGAAGUACUGCAGACUGGCCACCACAAACAUCUAAAUGAGCCUGAAGCAGGAACAUCCACGAUAGUCAAAGCACAGGAAUGUGGACAGAUGCAAGGGCCGCAAAUCAAAAAACCAAGAUUGUAGUUUCUUUGGAUUAAGUUUUGAUAAUACUGCUUGGUUCAGUGUCUCUUUAAGCAAGAAUAAGGCACAAGAAGUAGAAUCUCUCUGCUUAAGAGCAUAGUGGGAGAACCUUCACCAAACUAAUUACAGCAGUUCAAGAAGGCAGCGCAUCAUUGCUUUCUUGAAGGCAAUUAGGGAUUGGCAAUAAAUGCUAGAUAUGUCAGUGAUACCCACAUCCUCUACCUUCACUUAUUGUGAGGAACCUUGAUAUAUGGCAUCAUGUACAAUGGAGGCAUAUGUUAAUGUUAAGAAGCUGAAAUAAAUUCAAAUAUACAAUAUGAAUGUAUCUAUUUAGACCAGAGGUUUUAAGUCACUGAGCCACAUAGAAAGAGUGAGCUCAGACAAACAGGCUUUUGAUGACCAAGUAACUCUGUACUAUUGUGUUUACGUUUCUAAUUCACUGGUUUGUCCUGUUUGAGCGAUGUAUACCUGGAGUUUUGUGAACAUUGCAGUCUCAUUGUUGGAUUAUUUCCAAAUCAUUAAACUAAGAUAUGAUAGUAUUAGUAAUUUGUGAUACAGGCAAAAUAAUUGGAUCAUCAAUUACAAUAUCAUGGCCUGGAAUUUCCUCUGCAUUUACACCCAAAUGGAAUGCAGAAAUAAUUAUGGGGCUUUUAAGAAAGCGGGAUGUUAGCUGAAAAUGAAUUUCCUGCAUACCUAUCUGUGCUAAGCAUAACAGAUUCUUUCACAUGUAUCCACUAAAUCCUUUGUUUAACCAAAUUUCCAACCACAUAACCCACCACACCUCCAUCUCUCAAAUAGGUGCUUCCUUAAAAUUGCAUUUUCUUGUGUUGUGGGUUGUUGGAAAGGGGUCUGCUUGGCAGACAAUGAAAAGCUGAACGUGGUGAUCAACAUUUCAGAUUCAUCAGGCAACAAAGUAAUUUUCUAAGUUUCUGAUUACAAUUUGAGUAUUUUUUAAAAUCAUCCUCGCUGAGAACUGCUUCAUAGUGAAAAUCUUCUACAAUUGCAAUUUCUUAUAUGUAGCUGAUGGAUGGUUAAGUAACCAUAUUAUUAUAUUUUAAGACUCAAAGACAUGCCAAUGUGGGUGUGCUAUUUCCUCGGAUUCCAAGUGUUUAUACUGAUCUAUGCCCAUUUAUACACAUUGUAAGUUUAGGUACAUUCUAAUUGGAUUGUAAAAACACUUGAUCUAACUCAACAUCAGCAAAAUGGGCUCAACUUGGAUACAUUUUCAGUUACAACUUCUGGAUUGUGCUGAGGGAGGAAAUUGCAGGCCUUUAAGUGGCCCCAGUAUUCAUGGUUGUCAUUCAACAGCUCACAGACUAACAGAUUGCAUAUUGCUGAUGUAGACGUUAUAUGUGUCAUUACCAAUGAGCCAGUCAGCAGCUGAGGAAGACACCCAUUGAGUUGGAACAUGUAAAAGAACUACACACACUGAAAUAGGAAUAAGACAGUCAUUCAGUGUCUGUAGCUAUAUGUUACCGCUUAGAUUUAAGAAAUUACAAGAAUUAUUUAAGAAAUAAUACUAGAUUGUAAGUAAUUUUAUAAAACAGUACAUUUGUUGCAGUUAAACUGCAUGAGAAAACGCUUUGGAUUUCCAAAACACUUGCUGCCCCUUGCACCCUCACUGGAAUAAAUUGUAAGAACCACCUAAAAAUUCUAGAGUUCCAUGAAGGUGUGUUAAAUGGGUGCAGCAGCAGGAUGGGAAUGAUUGUUUUGGAGACUGUGCUCAGAAUGGCUGGCAGCCAAUUGGGGCUAUGCUGUAGCAAGGGAAGAUCUGAACGGUAGGUGGGUGGGGGGAGGGGGAAGGAGUAGCUUCAUAGGUUAUUUGAUAAUUUGGAGAGGGAAAGGGACCAGCAGAUUGGAUGGUGGUGGUGAUGGGAUAGAAAGAUGGAAAUUGAACCAGCACUUUGUGGAGGGUAGGGUGGAAAUCAGACUGACAGUUUGGAUGGUGAUAAUCUUGAGUUCAGGGAGGUGGAAGAUCUAGCUUGAGACUUGCGUGAUCACAAGGUCGGGGAGUAACUUGUGCUGGGGACAGGGUGAACCCAAGAGCUGGGAAAUUGAGGGCUCUGGGUCCUGCAGUGCAGGUUGGGCUGGUGCAUUGUUGUGGAGUGGGACAAAGGAAUGAGGUAAGUAAAUCACUUACCUGACAGGUUGCCCAGGGAGUACCCACUGGUUCUUCCAGGAUAACAUUGUCCAGGUUCCCUGUAAUACUCCAAAAAGAGCACUGCCCAGGGAAUGAAAUCAUCGUAGUAUCUGAGAUGAGGAAAUCAUGUCAGGAAUGCAAGGAUGACUGACACCUGGAAGUUCCCAGUCAGAUUUCCAGAGUAACAUGAAAUGACCCUGAAAUGGACAUUGCCAUGCUUCACUCCGGGAGGAAAAGAAAUUAUGUUUAGCUGCAUAACACUGAAAAAGAAAGUGAUAUGCAAUUGAGUUUCUAGGUCAAUGCUUUUUAGAAGAAGAUGAUUUGUAUUAACUGUUAUUUUUUGGAUGUCUUUAUGUUUUGUGAAAUUCUCAUAUCUCUAUGAUUCAGUAAUUGAAUUGUACAUGCUAUUAUGCAAUUGAUUAAUUUUAGAAAAAUUGCUUUAUGUAAAGUAAUUGACAGCAGCACCUCCAAGUAAACCUUACAGCACUUAUAACAAUGUUGAAUUAAGAACUUGUCCAUAUUGGAACCAGCUAGUGAAAGGGGAAAAUUUUAAAUGACAUUGUUGUUUUAUUUAAGGUGUGAAGCUGGAAUACGAAUGUAUUUAUUAAGUUUGGGGUCAUGCACAUCCCAGUCCAAAUGGGUACAUAGCAAAUGCACUUUAAGGUACAUUUUAUGAUUAGAUUGAUCACUAGAUAGAGAUGCACACUGCUGCCAAAUAAAUAGGUUUCCAUCUAUAUCUACUGUAGUCUUCUAACAUACUGAAUAAAAAGCCAAGCAUUAUAUUAAAUCUUUUGUUUGUUAAAGAUAUUAUCCUGCCUAACUGUGGCCUAUGAGACUUUAGUGCAAAAAAAAAAUUGAAAUCUCACCUACAGGUUUCAACUAAUGCACUUUCUAUUCAUUAAGGUAGAGUACUUUGAUUUUAAAGUAAGAUUGAAUUAAGAAUGGGAUGCUAAUGCAGUGUGCAUUGGUAUUCAGUAAUUGAACAGCUCCCAGUAAUGAACUCUCAAAAACAGCAGUGCCAAGGAAUAACAUGGGAUUGAGAGGGAUUCAGGUUAGCCCUUAGAAAGCGUAAGUGAAAACCCAAGGGUUGUCUUCAUCAUGGGAGCAAAGUCAGCCACUCCUGAAAACUAAUUUUGUUCAGGAAAAUGAUCUGAUAAUUGACAAAGACACACACAAUUUACUUCUCCACCAAGCUGCCUAUGCUCAGGGUUUACAAAUUUUACAGAACUGAAGUGUGAGGCAAUGCUUAGCAGUUAAAUAAUAUCUCCUUUUUAUAAAAACUAAUUACAGAAACUGGUUUGUUUCUAUAUCUCAUGAGAACUUGAGAAUAAUUGAUUCCUUAGUUGUAUUUGUUUUUUCAUUUUUGUGAGCAUGGUAUUUCAGAACUGAGCUCCAUCAAGUAACAACAAAUUCAAUGCUCAAACAUAAAAGUAUGAACAUUCUGAUUCCUCAUUCAAGUUGAAACUAAAAACAAGAAUCAUAAGUUUGUUUAAAAAAUGUUUUGAAGUGUUUAAAAAAACAAGAAACAAUGUAUAAAUGCUUCAAGAAUGGAAAAUUUGAAAGAAAAAUUAAAUUUCCUUUUUAUUUAAAUUCAAUGUGCCAGCUUCUCACAUUAGUGAUGGAUGUGCCAUUGGCAACUAUGAGUGAUAUUUUUUGCAAGCAUCUAUUAUAUUCAGGGUGUGGAUGAGUGUGUGGAUCAAGAAUAACUUUAUAUUUUUGAGGGUAUGCCGCUGUCUUAUUUUACUUGUUCUCCGCAUGAUUUCCUUGGGCUAUAAUUCAUGAUCUUGUAAUGGCAGAUUAUCUACUUUUAAUGACAUUGGUGACUGAAAAGUCUAUGAGAAGGCUAGCAGUGAUGACCCUGUCAUUUUUGAUCUCUUGUAUUGAAGAUUCUGCCUAAAACAUUUUAGUAAUAAUGCAGUUUCAGAUGAUAAAUUGUAAAUACUUUUAACUCCCAUAAAGGAUUAUUUUUCAUCUUGCUGAGUUAAAAUUAUUUUGAUCAUCCUCUCUCACUCUACUACUGCUUCAUGUCUUUCAUAUAUAUUCACUUUCUUUUGUCCUCUUUCUUUAUUCUCUCAUUUUAAUGAUCUCUCAGUUGUCCCUAAACCUUUACCCAGGGAGAAGCUGCAGCACUGGAUCUUGGGUAAGUUAAAGCCAAAUGUAUCAAAGCUUUAGGUGGCCAUCAUUGGUAGUUCUUGUUUCUUGGCUUGAAGUGAAAGGAGGCUAGAAUCAUCUGGCUGAUCUAAGAGAACUGUUAGCUUUCUUUAAGAGCACAGUUUAGUGGUGAGGGUAUAUGCACACAAAGAUAGCACCAUGCUCAAAUUUUGUAGCUUUUUUUGAGGACAGUCUUUCUAAGUGAGCAGCACUCCUAUAGAAAUUUUCCUUCUUGACCCCAUCAAAGAGCCACAGAUAAGUAGUCUGAGCAUUUGAUCAAAAUAAUUCUACUCUAGAAGAAUGCACAGAAAAAUAAGACAGUCAAAUAUUAUUGCCUACUGCUCAGUGGGGGGAAUAAAGAGCGAUAACACCUGCUUUUGCUUUCCUUGGGACCCUCCUUUCCCUCCACUUUGGGCCUGUAGAGAGAUGCAGUGUGAAGACAGCUUCCUUCUGAAAUGAGUGCAGUCAAAUUGUGGUUGUCGGAACUCCAUCAGCUGUCAACAUUAUCUGAUUGAAUAAGCAACAGAAGAUCUGCCCAUUUGAAACAAAAUCCUCUUGCUCCCUUAGCCGGGAAGCUCUCAGGUCCUUUCACCUCAACCAAAGCUCUUAGUUCUUUCUCGUCUUUCACUCCUCUGUGCAAUACAGAGGAAACAAACUGGUCAACCAAUGAUUCAGUUUUGCCUGGGUGAUCCACAUUUCACUAUCCUAUUGAUCAUCUGUAUGUCUGUCACACAUGUCCACACAACAUUGUACCACUAGAACUACCAAGCCAUCCACAGAUUUUUUUUUAUGAGAACAGGUUGGAGCCAAUCAUCUUAACAACUAAAAACACUAUUGAAAAGAUUAGUGGUUAAAACUUGUUAACAAAAUUCAAAUACAAAUUUGUUUUAUAAACUUACAAAAUAUCUGAUUGCUUUGAUUACAUGCCAUGAUGACACCCACUUCCAUCCCCAAACAAUAUUGCUCUCCCUUUCCAGCUCUGAUGUAUAAUUGUGGAACAGCAGUACCAAAUGAAGGAGUACAUCACUGGGAAUGGAAGGAGAGGCAUGGUACUGUCUCUCUGAAUAGUUUAAAUCUCAGUAACAGACCAUUUGUUUUGGAUAAUAGUUUCUUUUUCCACAGGUGAGUGCCUUUUGUGAAUUGUAUUCACCAAUCAAAUGAUCUUGGUGGUCAAGUUCAAAGUGACAGGCGGGUAAAACGGCUGCAGGUCGGAUGUUAUUGUUCUACAUCAUGCUUAGUAUGGAACCAUCAAACAUUCCUAGGGUAGUUGUGUUAUGUUUAAGGUAAAAGAUUGCUAGUAUUGCUGCAAUUAUCUUAAAACUUAGAAAUUCUUAAAACAUCAGAUUUGAUUACCAUUGCAAUCAAUUCCAAUGGAACUGUCCUUGAGCUUGUCUGAAUGUGCUUACCCAGUUACUGCUGAACAGCUGUAAAUUUUGUAUUGAGAACUUAUGUGCUCUAAUUAAAAUCCCUUGGUUCACAAAUCACUUAACUGUGUGGUUUCUGAAUUAUUGAUCUGUACCACAUGAUUAAUUCUAACUGUGAAAGGAUUUCUGGGUUUUCUCCUACCUAUAAUUUAGUUUAUAGUACUGCUGAAUGUAAUAUAAUGAUGUAUAUGUAUAACUCUGUUUUUGAAUGAAAUUUUAUAAAACCUGGGAAAUCUUUUUUUGCAUUUAAAUCUUUAAGAUCAAGAACCACAGUGCAAAGUACACCUAAACAUGCAAUUGUAAGAUCCUAAUAUAUAUGGAAAACAGAGCUUCACGAAGACAAGACAGAUCAAAAUCUUAAAGUCUGAGGGGAAGGGUAUUUGGAGUUUAAGGUUUUUUUGUUGUUAAAUGAAAUAAUGGUUUAUCAUUAGUGUCAGAAAAUGUCAAAAGGAUAUUGACAGCACGAAGUUGGACCAGUUCAGCUGGCGAAAAUCAUUAAGUGUCUAUGUUAGCACCACUAGACAGUAUUUCAUUUGAGUGAGCUCUGUGUUCCCAUUGUUUGCAUAGUCUGCAUCGCUUUUUAACCACAAUUUUGUAUCUUAUUAAUAAUGUAUGUUUAUUUGUAUGCAACAAUACAGGUAUACACAAAAGAUUUUACUUCAUUAAAAUUUAUACUGAUGUUAUUGUGUCUCGUAUGUUUUAAGGCAUAGAUAGAAAAAUGAAAGAAUUGUGUUAGUGCUAGUUAACAGUAACAUACAAAUUGUGACCAACAUACUGUUCAUUUUCUUUUAAAUAUUCAAGUCACUUCAAGACUAUUUAAAAUCAUGA